AUGCUAACUGCAAGAGGGUUCCAAUUGGGUGCCAGCAGGACAUCUACUUUAUUGUCCAGACAAUUUACACAAUGCACUAUUAGGAGACAAGAAAUCAUAGAUUAUACAAGGUUGACUCCGCUAUCUAAAAGUGCAAAGGAAUCGUCAAACGGAUCUAGGAAAGACAUGUCCUUUUCGGCAAUGAUGCAGUCGCCAAGAGAAGAUACUUUGAGUUCCAAGCUAACAGGAAUCCAAGCUGGAAGAACUAUUGAUGUCUUUAGCGGUAACACCAUGGCUGCUUUCCAAAGGCUAGGGUCCAUCGUAAGAUCGAACUCCAUUCAAAAGGACAAGAGGGCUCAAAGGUUCUAUUUGAAGCCUGGUAAGGCAAGAGAAUUGAGAAAGUCUCAAAAGCACAGAAAGGAGUUCAUGAAGAGUUUCAAGAACUUAAUAGAGGUGGUCAAGGACGCCAAGAGGAAGGGUUACUAA